UACUGUAUGAUAUGGGAUUUGAAUCCUCACUAGCUUGUCGUUCCAGUACUGGGAGGAGGAAUUCAGAUGUCUCCAGGACUUCUCGGUUAAUAGGUGCCGGCAAUGUGGUGAUUUGUUCGACAUGCUGUAAUGAUACAAAAAUCUGCAACGUCAUCAACGGGCAUUGUAACAGUCAAGCACUGGAUCUGACCGGGACCGUUCUCUGCUACAAUUGUGACUACAUGCAUAGCCCCGAUCAGUGUGACAGAGUCAGGGCCUGUUCUGUGCAUGAGCAAUGCUAUAUAGGAACGAAACAAAGUGCCCUAUCUGGAUCGUUGCUGUGGACAAGUCGGUGUGGACAAGAAAUAGAGGACUGUCAAGGUUCCUUUCUACACAUUCCUGUGGACGGCGUAGUGGGAAAGAGACAGUUUUCAGCAAUAGGCUCAGGGUGUUGCAAAGAUAACUUUUGCAAUAAUAAAAGACCUUCCACAACUUUACCACAACCCAUAACGCUAGCAUCAACUACAACAACGACGAGUAUACCUACUACUUCUAACUUUCGAAUGUCGAAGCCGGUGAUUGUUUUUGCCACCAGACUACAUGACGUUAAUAAGGGGUCAUACAUACACUUAACCUGCAGGGCGACUGGUAACCCAACUCCCUCCAUCACCUGGAGCUUCUUUGCGAUUGGUGAGAAAAUGCCAACUAAUAUCCGGCUGACCAACAAUGGUGCGGAUAUACACAUCGAUUCCGUGACUGAUAUGAACUAUGGCCACUACGCGUGUAAGGCCCACAACUCACAGGGAGACGAUAUACGAUAUAUUGAUAUUUUUGAACAUAGCCCCAGUGGUCCGUAAUCAUGUGAAAUAACAUUAUCAAAAUAAAUGUUUUCAAA